AUUCCAAGAUGGCUGCCGGUGGAAACUGAUCUGCAGGUUGUGGACAGAGAGCGAGUGUAAUGGCAGCAGAUCCCUCGUGCGACCUGGACAUGAGGCUGUAGUGGGGGCCCCGGGGCCCAGUGCCCAUCUGACAUCAUGUGGAAUUGGUACUCUGGGGAUGGGACACAGUCCUCUGCAGCAGCUUCUGAUAAUCCCGGCGCUGGCACUAUGUCAGUGGCAGAGCUAACCGAGCAGUUGGCACAGACUCAGCAGCUGGUGGUACAGCUGAAAGAUCUGAUCAGGGAGAAAGACAAUGACCUGCGCAAGAAGGAUCAGCAGCUUAAGGAGGAAAAGGAAUCUUCAGAAGCCAAGGUCUCGAAAGCCAAGCUCCAAAGCAAAGCCAAGAUUGCAUCAUUAACUUCUCAACUGGAAGAACUGAAGAUGCAGGUGGCUUCACCCGGGGCACAAGGAAAGAAAUCCGAGAGCAAAAAGGGUGAUGCAGACCUGGAGAAUGCUUCUGCAAAUCGAGGGAAGAUUCUAGUGCUGAGGAAACGAGUGGAAGAAUUAGAAUCUCAAGUAGCAACAAAAAAUGAAGAGCUCCAAAAAAAGGUGGCAGAGCUGGAAGCGCAGCGCCUGCGUGGGUCUGAAAUGGAUGCAAUGCUUGUGGCAAAGGAGAAGAAAUUGGCUGAAAAAGAAGCAUACAUUGUCGACCUACAAAUUGCUGCGGCCUCAAAUCUCUCUCAAGACACAGUUGUUUCAGAAGUAAAUGUGAAGAGCCCGUCAUCCUCACAAGAUUCCACCCAGGACCUGCAGAUCCUCAUCAAUAACUUGAACAGGAAGGUGGGAGAAAGUGAAGAGAAGUACAGCCUCCUUCGUGAGCAGACAGAAAGCUUGAAAGCCCUUCUUAACAAAGAGAAGAUUCAGUUUCAGGAGAAGGAGGCAAUGUACACAGAGAAUAUUCGGGUCUAUCAAAAUAUGAUUCUGGAAAAGGAGAAAGAGAUGAAGGAGUUAUCGCAGAAACAUGAUCAGGAGAUCUUCAAACUUGCAGCUAAAUCUGAUGCCACCGCUGACCUUCACCAGCUGCUUAAGGCCCUGAAACAGAAGCUGCAUGAAGAAGAAGAGGUUCUAUCAGGGAAGAAUCGGGUGAUCGAUGUCUUACAAAAGGAGCUGGACAAUAAGGAUCAGCAAAUCGCUGAAAUGAAUGAAAAAAGCAGACGCCUUGUGUCGGAAAAAGAGAACCUCCAGUCUAAACUGGAUGCAGAAAAGCACAUAAUGAGAGCUCAGCUCAAGGACAUGAUGGAGAGACAUGAGACAGAAAUGCGUACACUCAAUGACAGCCACAGUAAGACAAUGCAAGGUAUCCAGGAGAAACACGAACAUGAAAUCCAGGAAAAAUUCCAGACUAUCCAACAACUUCAGGGACAACUGCAAGGCCUGGCAAGCCCAGGAGAGGUCAGGACUGGAUCUCAUGAGAGCACAGAUAAGGAAAUGGUCAAGUUACAAGAAGAAAUAAAGUUGAAGACGGGAGAGGCAAGUAAAUCGGAUGCAAAAUUCCUUAAAAUGAAGGCAUGGUCAAAGUCCAGAAUCAGGCAGCUGGAAGAAGAACUAAAAAUUGCUGAGGCAAAGAAGCAGGAGCUGUGGCAGUUGAGCGCUCACGUUGCUGAGCUGGAGGAAGAGAAGAAAGGUUUGGAGAUUAAGCUACAAUCUGUUGCUGACUUGCAGGCUUUUAAUGAGCAACUCUUGGCUAAACUUGUAGUUUAUGAAGAACAGCAAAGAAAGCUGCAGGCUGACCUUGAGCAAGUUGCAAAGAGAGCCGAUUCCCAGACCAGCGAGUCCGGCAGUGUUGAUGAGAUGCAGAACCAGCUCCUGGAAUGGCAUGAGAUGAGCGCAGAGAGCAACAUAACCACGGAGCAGGACAGAGAGGAGACCUCUGCCAUGGCUCUGAGGAUGGCACAGAUAGAAGAGGAGAGAGAAGCCAUGGACUCAGGGCAGAUGGAACUGGAGGAGGAGCUGAGCGCAGCUCGCGGACUGGGGAAAAUGAGAUCGACACGAAGGAAAGGAAGCAGAGGAGCCACCAAACUGCAGGAUGAAUUUGAUUAUAGCGGCAAGAGUUUUGAAGAGCAGAGCCUUUCGAUGGACAACAGCCAUACCAUAGAGGGCGAGAACAUGGGAGGUUGGUGGCCUGAAUUCGGUUCUCCUAACUCAGGGUUACGAGCCGUUGUGGAAGAGCUGGAGCUAGAAAGAAACCAGCUUCAGGAGCAGAUCAUGACACUGGAGGAGCGAUGCCAGGAGCUAGAGGACAGGCUACAGCUGCAGCUUCGCAUUGAAUCUUUACAGGGUGAAAAUGAGCGACUGCAGACACAAGUCUCCCAGAUGCGACAGCAGCAGAACCAAGAGUCUGAAAAAUACCAUGAGCUCAUAUCCACCUUGAAUGGCCAACUUAAAGGUUUGGCCAACAGGAAUGCGUUUCUUGAAAAUGCUAUUGUGGAAAAAGAGCAAACUAUCCUGGAAGCAACAUCGCGGCUAGAUCAGCUGGGAGCAGUGUGGAAAGCUUUGCAAGAAAAAGAGACCAUAAACAAGGAACUACUGGAGAAGCUGGAUCAGUCUGAGCAUCAGCUUGAAGAGGUCAAAAGGAAGCAAAGGGCAUUGGACGCUGAAAACUCAGCAUUAAAACAGUCCAACAGUGAGCUCAAUGAGAAGGUGACUGCAUUCAAAGAGAGGGUACUAAUUCAAGAUUCAUCCUUGGAAAAGCUGCAAGUUGACCUUGAUCAAACUAACGAGGAUCUUGAUCGUCUUAAUUCAAGUCAUCUAGAGGAGCGAUCCCAACUUAUUUAUGAUCUGCAAAGAUGCGAGAGGGAGAUGGAUGUUCUCAAGGAGCUUUUACAGGAAAAAGACAAGGAAAUGUCCGCUCUGUCGGUCACUCUGACAGAAUAUUCUGAGCAGAUUACCGUGUUAAAGGAAACAAUUGACUUUAAAGAUGGGCAGAUGAGAGAGAUGUCGGAUGCCCUAGUGAAAAUAGAGAGAGCGCAUCACCUUAUAAAAGAGGCCCAAACAUUGGACGUCCACGAGACGAGCACUAAGAUCUCCAUGCUGACCGAACAUCUCAGUGAAAUGGAUGAGGAAUUAAAUAAAGCUAAAAGCCUCAACGAGAGCAAAACUAAAGAAGCUGAAGAGCUAAUUAGGCAGAUCAAUGAAAAUGGAAUAACAAUUAAGAAUCUUCGUCAAGAGAUACAGACACAGUCAGUUACACACAAUAACCAUGUAUCUGAGAGCUCUGUACAGAUUGCAUCGUUUAAAGAACAAAUGAAUGCAUCUGCUGUAAGACUCAGUGAAACAGAAUCAAAAUACAAAAAGGAAAUUGAAAGCUUGAAGUUGCAGUUAGAGAACGAUCACUCCGAGAAAGCUAGACUGGAAACCUUGCUGGAGGAAAAGAGCAGUAAGGAGCAGAGUUUUGAAAACGAGUUAAAAGCUACAAAGGAACAAUACAACCACUUGUUUUCCGAUAUGUCAAAGAAAGAUGAAGAAGUAAAACGGUUAUCAAAACAUCUCACAGAGCAGAAAGACCUUUGUGAUAAGCUGAGUCAAGAAUUGUCUGAUAGGCAAGAUGAUGUGUCGUCUUUAAAGAAGAAGAUUGAAACUCUGGCGCAAGAACAGGAGAACUUAGUUAAAGCUCUCCAAGAAAAAACACUGGAUUUUCAGAAGCAGAUUGAUGAGAAGUCUGAAAUAAUUAAAACACUGCAUUCAGAAAAGAAAGAUUUGCAAGCACAAUGUAAAGUCGUUGAAACUUCCAUUUCAGAUAAGGAAUCAUGCAUUCAACUUCACGUGAACUCCAUUGAACAAUUAGGUAUACAAAUUCAAGGCUUAGAAGAUCAAAAUCAACGCUUGUGCAACGAGAAGGAAAAUUUACUGACACAGGUCAGCCAGAAAGACUCAGACAUCACUCACUUGAAUCAGACCUUAAAUGAUUUCCAGACCAAACUGGCAGAGACAGAGCGUCAGCUGGCUGAAGAGUGUAAAAAUAUUUCCAUACUGUCAGGUGCUAAGGAAGAAUUGCUUGCAAGAAUUGAACAAAUUUCAACUCAGAGUUCCAAAAAUGACAGCAGUUUUGGAGAACAGCUAAAAGAGAGGGAAAAGGAAUGCCUUGGCUUAAAGAGUCAGUUACAUGAAGAGCUGGAGUUGUCCCAUAAGUUACAGAAUCAAAUACAGUCUCUUGAAAAGGAUCUAGAGGAAGCUCAGAGGUGCUUUCAUGAAAAAGAUGAUAAUCUCAAGGUCACGAUGGCAAACUAUAACACGGCAUGUGAAAAUGUGAAACAACAAGAAGAGGCAAAUGGUCUCUUGCAAAAGCAAAUGGAAGAAUUAACCAAAGCUGUAGAAAAUGAAAGGAAGGCACUGCAAGAGAGGGAUGUGUUGCUUUCUACGCAGAAUACACAAUUGGAGGCCUUGAAUUCCAACUUGGAGAAGCUACAGAAAGAAGAACAGAGUCUUAAAGAGACUAAUGUAAAACUUGCAGAGGACAUAGAAGGAUUAAAUAGAGCAAUGACCAAGCUCCAAGAGGAGGUCAACCAUAGAACUGAAGAAAAUACAACACUGAGAGAAAGAUUAGAGAUGAGUAAUAAGGAUGUUGAAAAGUUAACACUAGACAGAGACUCCUCUUUGUUGUCUAUAUCGAGUCUAGAAAGUCAGUGUCAUGCCCUCCAGUCACAAGUGGUUCACCAUCAAUCAGUUGUAGCCUCCUUAACACAGCAAGUAAACUCAUUAAUCUCCGAAAAGGAAAAAAUGAAUUCCGACAUUGAGUUGCUAAAUGCCGCUAUGUCCAGUAAGUUGGAAGAGAUCAAUGUUCUCAGUUCACAUUUAUCAGAACAGGGCCAUACUAUCUUAUCUCUGAAGGAUCAGAUUGACACAAUCCAACUUGAGAAGCAGUCUCUGCUUUGUGGUGUGGCAGAGAAGGAUGCCUUGCUUUCCCAGAAAGAAGAAUUAUUCCAGCAGGUUGAGAAGAAACUGGAAGGAGAAGGUUACUAUUUACAGACUAUCUCUGCUUUGCAAAAUGAGCUACAGAGUUCACGCUCUGAAAACGCUCUACUGCUGCAGAAAAUUAAAGACCAAGAGCAGGAGAUGCAGAGAUUGAGGCAGCAGAUACAACUGUUGAAAGAUAAAAAUGAGGAAGCAGAGUUAUUAAAAACACAGCUGUCUGAACAUAUGGAGAUAAUUUCUAACCUUCAUUCUCAGAUGAAAAAUCUGAGAGACAACCUAGAUGAACUCAAUAAUGCUUUAACCAAAAAAGAUGAAUGUUUGAAGGAAAAGGUAGACAGUUAUGUCAAUCUGAAAACUCAGUUUUCUGAGAUUCAAGACUCUUUGGAAGAGCAGAAAGCCCACGUUGAAGAGUUAAUUCUGGAAAACACACAGUAUAAGGCGUCUAUGUCAGAAAAAGAUUUGGCAAUCAGAAAUUCAUUAAUAGAGUGUGAUGCCUUAAAACAGAAGCUAACUGAUAAUGAGGGACAAUGCAAUAUGUUGAUUCAGCAGAUUGCAGAUUUAGAGGAAGUCAAUAGAAAACAGAACAAUGAGUUAAAUGAGUUGAAGGUUUCUAUAAAAGAACAGGAAACUUCCCUUUUAGGAAAGCAAGAAUUGUUAAAUACUCAAUUAGAGGAGCAGACAAAAUUAGUGUCGCAUCUCCAGAAUUCCGUGCACGAGCUUAAUAACACAAUCAAAGAUCUUCAGCAGUCCGUUGUCGACAAAGAAAACACGGUGCAGAAUUUGCAGGAAAAACACACUUCCCUUUAUGAUCACAAACAAGAGCUUGCAGAAUCUCUUCUCAAAAAAGAAAACGACAUUUCUAAACUUCUAAGCACUGUAGAUGAAAAGGAUGCUAGGCUUCAAGUAUUGGAAAGCAAUGUUCAAGCCUUUACUAGUGAGGUCAGUCUGCUAAGAGAAGAGCUAGACAAAGGUAAUUCUAAUGCCAAAAGUAUAUUGGACACACUCCGAAUGAAAGAUGAAGUCAUAUCUCAGCAUCAGAAAGCAGUGGAAGUCUUAAAAGCAGAACUGGAAAAACUGAAAACGGAUUACAAAGAGACCCAAAUCCAGUUUCAUGCAUUAACACAAGAAAAAGAGGAAAGCCGCUCGUUAAGCCACAACCUUCAGGAAAAAUGUAAUUUACAGAGCCGACUUAUUGAAAACUUUAAGCACGAUGUGGAAAGUUUAAAUUCUGAGGUAAUACAAGCUCGGAAUAUGGCUGCAUUUGAGAUGGAACAGUUCCAACAUCAACUAGAGACUGUAAAGCGGGAAAGGCUGCAUCUGGAAGCAACGUUGCAGAUGUCACAAGCAGAAAAAGACAAAUCAUUGUUCACCUUAGAAAAGCAGCUAUUUGAAAAAGCAGAAAAUAUAAAGCAACUUGAAGAAAAGCUUGGGCUUCAACUGAGGGAAUCAGAAGAACGUAUUAGCUCAGACGCAGGAGUGCUGUAUCAGCUGAAGUCCGACAAAGCAGAUCUUCAGAAGCAGGUUAGUGGACAAGAUGAAGAAAUCCAUGCUUUGAAAGUCUGUCUAGAAACCGUAGAAUGCAAGCUUAGUGAUCAGAAGCAACAAUCAGAAAAAGAGUAUGAAAGAAUAAAUGAGCAAAAUGCAGUACUUAAAGAACAGAUCAGCAGCUUAGACAAUAAUCAGAAAGUAAAGGAGAACGAAGUACAAGGUUUGCUGAGAGACUUAAGUUUUGUAGAGGAACAGUUAUGCGUUUUAAGUGAUGAGAAAAGUUCAGAAUACAAUUCAUUAAACCAGCAGUUGAGUUACAGUGGCAAGGUAGAAACACUUUCUUCAAUGUUGUCUAAGGCUUUGGACUACAAGUCAAAAGUGGCAGAAUUAAUGAAGCUGCUUGAGGCAAGAGACCAAGAUCUUGAGAAUAAAUCUGAAGCAAUUGUUACCUUUGAGAAGGAAAGUAAAAAUUUGCAAGCAGAGUUGCAAAAAAUUAAAGAAGAAAAACUUGGCAGUGAUUAUGCUGUGGGUGAACUGGCAGCUGCUAAGGAAGCCUUAUCCCUACAGCAAAAUAUCAUAAAAGAAAAGGAGGAGGUUUUGGCACAGAUGGGCAGAGAUAUUGUAAGUUUGCAGGAAGAAAUAAGGUUCGCUAAGGAAGAACUGCAAAAAAGUCAAUUUACAGUGAAUGAAGAGAAAGCUAAAGCCCUGGAGCUUGCAGAAGAGGUCAAAAUGAAAAACUUGCUUUCUCAGAAUUUAAACCUGCAGCUCAGCCAACAGAAAGAGUUAAUUUCCACAAUAAGUGACCAAGUAAAGGAAAAAGAUUCUUCUCUGAUGCAGGUAAUGGAAUCAAUGUCAAAUGAAAUGGUCAAAUUCUCAGCUGAGAAAAGUGCUUUGAAUAUAGAACUUCAGAACUUGCAGUCUGAGAAAGGUUCUUGCCUCCUGCAAAUAUCUGAACUUUCGGAGAAGCUCCAGGCUUAUGAACUGAAGUUCCAGCAGUCUGAACAGAUGCUUGCAGAUAAAGAACUAAUCCUUUGCAAUUUAUCUAAUGAGAAGGACCUCCAGUUGGAGAAAUUUAAUAAAGAAAGGGAAAAUUUGAAAAGGAAGCUGCAGGCAGCUUUAGUCAUUCGAAAAGAUUUAAUGCAAAAACUCGAGAAGCUGGAGAAAAGCAAGCAAGAUGAUUUAAACGUUGAACAGUUAAAAAUGGUGGAUCUUGAGAAGACUGUUGAAGAGUUAAACUGCAGAGUGAAGACCAUUGUAAGGGAGAAUGAAGAUUUACAGACUCAAAUGAAGCUUUCAAAGCAACAGAUUCUAGAGAGAGAUGCACAAAGAAGUGAGCUUUGCAGUGUUCUCUCAGAAAAGGAACAUCUUGUGAUAGAACUCCAAAAUGUGUUAACUGAAUUACAGCAGGGUUUCUCUGAGAAAGAAAGCUUGUGUCAGGAAUAUAUGAAAACCAUGCAGGAAAAAGAACACAGCUUUUCUCAGGCUAAAAACACAUUAAAAGAAAAACUUAAGACUUUAGAGGAAGAAAAUUCUCAUCUAGUGGAGAAUCUAGAAAACCUUAAAUCCUGCCUUGAAAAGGCUCAGGGAAAGUUAGACUCUCCUGUUACCUCUCACCAAGUGUCGGCAAAUCAAUCACCUGCUGCUAGUACCUCAGGCACUCCAGAAUCUGGUUCUAUUGAGGUAUCAUUUGCACCUACAGAAAACACAAUCGUUCAUAACAAUGUCCAUGCUUCACUUUUAUGCACCCAAGGAAAUGUGGAGAGUAAAAAAAAACAUGCUGCUCUGUUAGAAAGUCUUAGCAGGAGUGUAAAAGAGUUUGAACUGUUACAGAAAGCACAUGCAGAGUUGCAGGUUGCUUACAAGACAAAAUGUGCAGAGUACGAGGAACAAAGAGAGCAAGCGCUUUCUCUUCAAAACCAAAUUGACGCACAGGAAGCACUGGUCUUUCAAAAAGAAUUGGAGCUGGCCGACAAAGACAAGCAAGUAGGUCAACUAAAGCAGAACAUUGAAGAGGUUUCUAAUAAAUUAGAGAAUAUCAGGAAUUAUGAAAAUGCAAAUUCUGAAUUAGAGGCACGUCUCCAUGAGAAGGAUGAAGAGUUGCUAAAGAUAAGCUCUGAACAAAUACAAUUAUUGAGUGAAAUACAGUUAUUGAAAAAUGAAAUAAAGAAUCUGUCCUAUGAUGUGGAACAAAGGCAAGAAGAAAUUGGUUACUUAAAGACUGCAAAAGAGUCUCAGUCAAUGGAUCUAGAAAAAAUUGAAACUGUGAAAGAAAGUAUGAAAAAUGAGAUUGGCGUGUUACAGAAGGAGGUUGAGGCCUUCAGAAACAUGAAUGAAAGUGCUGAGUUGACUGUUCAGCAGUUAGCCAAAGAAAGGGAUAUGUAUCUUAAAGAUUGCCAGGUGCACAAGUUAGAUGUAACCAAACUUAAGAAUGAUCUUGAAGUAAAAGUCUUUGAACUGUUAGAAAAAGAUAAAGACAUUUCUAUUUUAAAAGAUACCCUCCAAAUGAAUGUACAAGCAUCUGCAGAGGAGAUAGAAAAACUGUGCAGGCAAUUAGAGGAGCGCAAGGAGGAAGCAAAUAAAUUGCGCACUGAUUAUGACCAAAUGAAAGAAGAGCUGGAAGAAUGCCUUUCCAAGUUAGAAAAGGCACACGUGGAAAUAUCCGAUUUUAGAACAAAACUAAUGGACUCUAGAAAAGAAGAAGAAAUAGUUAUACAAUCAAAGAACCCCGAUCUUAAUCAAGUAGUUCCUGAAACAAAACCUGCUUUGGAUAACCUACAAGGAACAAGAGAGUUUGCUCAGCUCACAUGUGAAGAUUGUUUAAGAAAGCAAAAAAUUAUUGAGGAAUUUGAGAGUCAAGUUAUAAAAACAAAACAAGCCAUGGAAGAUCUUACUGAGGAACACAAGAGAAACAUGUCAGAAAAGUCUAGCUCCAAAGAGCAAAUCCAAAGAAAGCUCCAGGCAGCAUUGAUGUCCCGCAAAGACUUACUAAAAGAAAACAAAGCACUGAAGCAUAUUGUUGAAUCUCUUAAUCUUGAAGUAGAUGGACAUAAGCAUUCUCUUGAGGAAAUUCAAGAAAAGCAUGCAUUGAAAAUUGCCUUACUCGUCAAUAAAAACAAGGACCUCCUCUCUAAAAAUGAAAGACUCUUACUGGACAAUGAGAAUCUUUCUGCUGCUUGUGAAAGCCUUAAAUCUACAAUGGAGUCAAUUGUCCAGGAAAAAGAAGCAUUUUCCUUCCAACUAUAUUCUCUUAAAGAUUCACAGACCGUUGAGUUGACAGGAUGGAAAGCCAAGCAUGGGGAGUUAAAUAAGGAGUAUGAGUCUCUGUUGCAGGCAUAUGAAAAUGUAAGUGAUGAAAUUGAUAAGAUGAGGCAAGUCAUAGACAUGACAAAGAAAGAAAAGCAUGACAUUUUAAUUAAGAUUCAUGACUUUCAGAAUGAAAAUGGAGUCUUGUCAAGGCAGAUUGAAGAGAAUGGUGAUGACAUUAUCAAACUUGGAACCAUGAUAGAAUCCAAAGAUGCGGAAAUAAAACAACUGAAACAAGAAGUAGAUAGUGUAACGGUGGAGAAGGCCUCUCGGUUUGAUGACGUAACUGAGAAGAAUCAGCAACUUCUAGAAGAAAAUAGAUAUUUACAAGAAACUUGUGACAACCUAAAGUUAUGUCUUGAAAAUAAGGAAAAAGAAAACGAUAGCCUAUUUAUUAUUAAAACUGCCCUGGAUAAAUUGCAAGUGGACAUGAACAUGUACAAGUCUGAUAUGGAGAUUAAAAUUUCAGAAAUGAGUUCUGAAAACGAAGUGUUAUUGAAAAAGAUCACAGAGCUGAGCAUUAAACUAGAGGAGACGGAGCAAAGCCUCGUGACGGUUGAAACUGAGAGGGACAGCCUUUUAGAAAAAGUAAGGUCUUCUGAAGUUUUGUUUACUCAAGAUAAGGAAGCCGUGCAGAAAUUAGAACGUGACCUAAGUAACAUGCAGCUCGAAAAGAUGAACCUGGAGGAGAAAGUAAAAAUUUUGGAGGAUGACAAGACACUUUUGCUAGAUGAGAUUGAAAAUAUACAGGAGCAGUUCUUUACAGUGAAGAAUGAAAGAGAAAGUAUGGAGACGGAAUUGCUUAAAGCUGUUAAAAACAACAGUUUGCUCUCUGAUAAAUUUAAGUCUCUCCAGGCACAAACCAAUGUUCUUAGCCAGCAGGUUGAACAUCUCAGGAGUGAGAAAAACAAUAUUAUGCGUGAGAGAGAAGAGCAGCAGUUACAAGCGCUUCGAGACUUAGAGGAGAAAGUGAAAUCGGCUCAGGAUGAUGAUAGAGGAACGCAAAGCAAAUCAAAAGAAUUGCAAGAACUUCUCAAAGAGAAGCAACAAGAGAUUAAUCAACUUCAGCACGAUUCAAUACGAUUUCAGGAGCUAAUAAUAGAUCUUGAAAGCACUAUUAAGGGAUCCAACAGCCAAAAUGAAAUUCUUAAGAAAGAGCUUGAACAUACAUCAGCCCAGUUAACGCAAGCAAGGAAUGAUGUCUUGUCACUGAACAAAGAACUCUCAGCUAAGGAAAAUGACAAUAGUCAGAUAACCAAGCUUGGAGAAUUUAGGGAGAUCAAUGGUAAAUGGAUAGUCGAUAAUCCAGCUCAAAAUGAGGAUAGAAAAAACAUGUCGGCAGUAACUGCGGGCUCUGGUGGGAUCACCAUGUCUCUCAAUAAUGUAGUUCAUGGAAGCCCUUCAAACAGAAAUAAUCAAGAUUGUGGUGUAGAAGCAUACACUAAUGGUGUAAAAAGAGGGGUGGAAGAGCCUGAACCAGUUUCUCAGUCCAGAGCUGAAGCCCAGCCAACAUUUAAACCUGCACAGGUUUCUCACCAGCAGAUGUCGGAAAGCCCAAGAGAUGAAUUGAAGACUUUGCAAACUGUUCUGUCAAACAAAGAAGAAGAACUUCGACAACUGAGAUUAAAAUUUGAGAAAAUUAGGGCAGAUGUCCAGAAACACGUUGUCCUUUCUCAGCAUAUGAAGCAAAUUAUCAAUAAUAAAGAUAAGGAGAUAUCACUGUUGAUUUCUGAAAAGGAUGGCGGAGUAUCCAGUUACUUAGAAGAAAUACAAAGCCGGUAUAGGAAGCAAGAAGGAGAAUAUGAGCAGCGUUUAUCUAGUCUCCAAGCACAGAAAGAAAAGUCUGACAUGAAAUGUCAGAAGCUAGAAAAAGACCUGCAGAAUCUUCAAGCGACUUAUGAAAAAGCUCUUCAUGACAAACUCUUGCUAUCAAAUGAAAUUGAAGCUUUUAGAAAAUCCAUGUGUUCUUUGCAAACUGAUAGAGACCAGCUAUGUUCAGAAUUACAGAGCAUACAUCAACGCGAUGAGUUAGCACUUAGUCAAAAAGACAAUAUUAUCAUCUCCACCUCUGCUGAAAACAAUGCCCUGAAAGCACAACUCAGAAAUGUUUUAAAUCGGGUGGAUGACCUCAAUGCUGAGAAUGCCAUGCUGGGUGCGCAACUUAUUCGGUAUAGAGAAGACCUUAACCAAGUGCUGUCUCUAAAAGACCACCAGUUAAAAGAGCUGCUGAGACAGAAACUAGACCACAUCAAGAAUUUAGAACAAGAGAAGUGUGACCUUGAAAAGCUAAACAGAGAGUUACAAAAUGCAUCUGCAGCACUACAAAGCUCCACCGAGGCCCUAGAGUUGGAAAACUGGAAACUGAUUUCCAAAGUCAAAGACCAGGAAGAUCUCAUUGCUACAAUCAACAAAGAGAAAAUUAUUUUUGAAACCAGUCAGCAUAAGGAUUACCAAAACUCUGCUGAUCGCCAAAUUAAGGACUUAGAGGACAAAUUUAACCACAAUAUUGUGGCCUUUGGGCAAAACACUUUUCUUUUGGGUGGUGAUAGCAGUAAGAUGGCAGAAAAGACAGAAAAGACUUAUUCAGACAUUUUACUUGAGAACAAAGAAUUUAGAUCUCAGAUUGAGUCUUUUAGGAAUGCAAUGGCUGCCUUACAGAACAAUCGAGAUUCCUUGAUAGAUGACUUUAAAGAGCUGCAGUGGAGGUAUGCUUCCGAACUAAAAUCGGAAAAGAUCCGUGGUGAUAAGCUGGAGAGACAGCUCCGUGAUUUUAAGUUCCAGCUUUACAGCCUGCUGAAAAAGAACUCUUUAGUUGAUGAAGCGGAACUUGCUGCUGAAAACCAGAUAACAGUAGAUCAGCUGGUUGCUGAAAUAGAUUCCGUGUGUAACCUUUUAGCAAACAGGGCAUCGGAAAUCACCAGGCUGUCAUCGGAUUGUGCUGCCUACAUGCAACAGGUUGAUGCUUUCUCCAAGGCCAUGGCAAGUCUACAACAUGAUCGAGAGAGACUAUUACAGCAGCUCAAGGAACCCACCAUAGUUCGAGAGUCCAAGCAAGGCACCGCUUCUGUUAAUCAGUUUCCUGAGUUCUUGGAAUCGGAUUACCUUGCCACAAAUGGAUCACAGCCUGAUAAGUUAACUCUGGUGGCAGAGACAAUGAAGAGUUCAGCGGCUGAGUCCCUAAAACUGAGGAAAAAAGUACAGGAGUUGGAGAGACUAUUACAGGACGCCGAAUCUUUACAAGGGAAAUUGGAGAAAGAAAUCAAAGCCCAUCAGUGUGAGCUGGCUGAACUGAGGUCUGAAAAAAAUGUCCAGGCAGCUGAAGUGCAAUCUCUUCAUCUUCAGUUUAAUAACAUUCUUGCUGAAAAAGACCGGCGGAUUGCAGAUUUGCAGAAACAUCAAGAAACUUCAGUAUUGAGCAGUGUGUUAUUUGGAGCAAAGGGCGUGGAGAAAGUCGCAUUGGUGGGAAAUUCUGCAGCUCCAGAAAAAAGGAGUUCUCAUCUGGAAGACAAAGAACCAGCUAAGCAGGAAGUGCAAAGAUAUAUCCAAGAAAUACAGCAAAGAGAUCUGAUUAUCCAGCAAAUAAAUGCCAAGGCCAUGGAAUUGAUGGAGAUGAAUAAUGUGUUAUCGGCUCAGCUGAAAAGCGUGUCCCAGGGAUUGAAAGAUACACAGACGAGAUACACUGACCUGCAGAAUCAGUAUUACAAACUGCAGAGGGACCUGCAGAGCUCACAAGUUACCAGUCGAAAUGACGCUCUGACCGAGGUACCGCCUGGAGCUCCCCAGGAGAGAACCGACGUUCUUGUGGAAAUAGACAAUGCCGAGCUGGCUGACCUGAGGAGAAGGCUCACGGCGACUGAAGUCAGCUAUGAUGCUGCGCAGCAAGAGCUCUCAGAGUUAUUGGAGAGGCUGGCUCAGGAAAGGGUACGCAGGGAAGCCGCUGAGGAGGCUCUUCACCGCACAGAACAGAAUAAUAGAAGGCUGGAGACAAAGUCCUCUUCCAGAGAAUACGAGUUCGCUCUCCAGAUGGAGUCAGACGACGAACGGGAAGCCUUAAUUAUUGAUCCCACUCAGAAUGUUGUGGUGCGGAAACUCAAGGGUGGAACACUUUCCAUACGGAGAUGGCUGCGCGGUCGGAGCCUCUAUUGCUCAAAGCUGUUGACCUCCAGAUCAAAAGCUCGCUACGUAUUCCUCACCUACCUUCUGGGAUUACACAUCCUCGUCCUUAUGUGCCUAACUGGAGUUCUAUAGCAAGAGACAUCCCAUGCA